CAUGGCUAUUUCUUCAAGGAGGUUGGCCGCCAUAAUCUCUAGCAUCGCAGCCAGCAUUUAUUUCUUUAUUAUCAUUUUACAGGUUCCCCUUUUCAGUUUAUCAAUUUCUUUCUCUGUAAGGAUACCUUGCAAGGAGGCAGGAACAUGCAGAACACCACUUGAGUUAACUUGUUAUCAGCUUAUGGCAAGUGAAAUCUUCUUCUUGCCUACAUUUGCUAUCAAGGUCCUUUUAUACCCUGGAGCUGUAGCAGAGGCUUUCAUCUACAACAACCCGAUUCCUAAAUUCAAUCAUCUUCUGAUCAAAAGCUGCCAAAACUUUGAUUUUCACCAAAUUGAGGUACUAGUAUCUGUUUGCAAUAAAUUAAUGUUACCCUUUUCUAUAUAUUCUCAAGAAGUUGGGGGAAAAAAUGUAAAGAAAAAACAGACGCAGGUUAUUGCAGGUAGCUACUUAUGCGUGGCGGGUGCAUUGAUAAGUAUUUUAAAGCCAGGGAGACUGAGCUUAUUUGGUACCAUCAUCAUCUUAUGGGGCCUCAAAAUGGACCAUUUUCUAGGAGAUCAAGAACAUGAGUUCAUCAUGAAGAUCUAUCCAACAUUCUGGUUUGCUCUUCUUCUUAGUUUCCUCUCCAUUAAGAGCGAUGCCAGGGCUUUAAUUCGAUGUUUCAGGUUCUAG